UCUCAGGUUAUUUUAAAACUUGAAGCUUUGUUUGGCAGACCCUGUUGCAAUGUUUCAUGUUAGAGAGGAGAUAUCUCCCGCAGUUCUGCUGGUUGUUGACUUUGGUGGUUGGUACAAGGCGGACUCAAAAGCUUCUUCUAAUGGAAACAACAUGUCUGACAUGAUACAACAUACGCAGGUGUCACUGCUGAAAGAUGUCAUAGUGCCCUAUACUCAUUUGCUACCCAAAUUGCUCCUAUCGGAAAACCAGAAACGCCAAACUCUUCUCUAUUUCAAAGGAGCCAAGCAUCGUCAUCGGGGCGGUUUGGUGCGGGAAAAAUUAUGGGAUUUGUUGGUGAACGAACCAGGAGUAAUAAUGGAAGAAGGCUUCCCAAAUGCAACCGGAAAAGAACAAUCAAUAAAAGGAAUGCGAAAUUCCGAAUUCUGUUUGCAUCCAGCUGGCGAUACCCCAACUUCAUGUCGACUCUUUGACGCUAUCCAAAGUUUGUGCAUACCCGUCAUCGUCAGCGACAACAUCGAGCUGCCAUUUGAAGGGACCAUCGACUACACCGACUUCUCAGUCUUCGUAGCCGUGAAUGAAGCACUACAACCAAACUGGCUCGUGAACCAUCUGAGAAGCUAUACCGAUGUGCAGAAAAGCAAGUUUAGACAAAACAUGGCUCGGGUUCAAUCGUUUUUUGAAUACGAUAACGGCUACCCUGGUGGUAUCGGGCCGGUCCCGGUUGAUGGUGCGGUGAACCAUAUAUGGCGAAAGGUUCAUCAAAAGUUGCCCGUGAUUAAGGAGGCUAUAGUUCGAGAGAAGAGAAAACCACCCAAUGUAUCUGUCCCACGUCGAUGUCAUUGUACUUAAAUUUUGAAGUUCAUAAGAAAUAUAGCUGUUGUGAGUCGUGUAUUAUGGUUUAAAAAAAAAUAUAUAUAGUUUGUUAUUGUAUCAUGGAACCUUUUAAAUUAUAUGAAAUAGAUUAAAAGGACCCAUGA